GCCACAUUAUAACUAGUAGGGGAUCCUCAUCGACAUGGCCACAGCUGCCUCGAAUCCCUACAGCAUUCUCAGUUCUAGCUCCCUAGUCCAUGCGGACUCUUCGGGCAUGCAGCAGGGGAGUCCUUUCAGAAACCCUCAGAAACUUCUCCAAAGUGAUUACUUGCAGGGAGUUGCUAGCAAUGGGCAUCCUCUCGGGCAUCACUGGGUGACCAGUCUGGGCGAUGGAGGCCCAUGGUCUUCCACACUGGCCACCAACCCCCUGGACCAGCAGGACGUGAAGCCCGGGCGCGAAGACCUACAGCUGGGUGCGAUCAUCCAUCACCGCUCACCGCAUGUCGCCCACCACUCUCCGCACACUAACCAUCCGAAUGCCUGGGGAGCUAGCCCGGCUCCGAACCCGUCCAUCACAUCCAGCGGCCAACCCCUUAACGUGUACUCGCAGCCUGGCUUCACAGUGAGCGGCAUGCUGGAACACGGAGGGCUCACCCCACCGCCAGCCUCUGCCUCUGCACAGAGCCUACACCCCGUGCUCCGGGAUCCCCCAGACCACAGCGACCUAGGCGCGCACCACUGCCAGGACCACUCGGACGAGGAGACACCAACCUCGGAUGAGUUGGAACAGUUCGCCAAACAGUUCAAACAAAGAAGAAUCAAGUUGGGCUUCACCCAGGCCGACGUGGGGUUGGCGCUGGGCACACUGUACGGCAACGUGUUCUCACAGACCACUAUCUGCAGGUUCGAGGCCUUGCAGCUGAGCUUCAAGAACAUGUGCAAGCUGAAGCCACUGCUGAACAAGUGGCUGGAGGAGGCUGAUUCGUCCACAGGGAGCCCGACCAGCAUUGAUAAAAUCGCCGCUCAGGGCCGUAAGCGCAAGAAGCGAACCUCCAUCGAGGUGAGUGUCAAAGGCGUCCUGGAAACGCAUUUCCUCAAGUGUCCCAAGCCUGCCGCGCAGGAGAUUUCCUCGCUGGCAGACAGCCUCCAGUUGGAGAAAGAAGUGGUGCGUGUCUGGUUCUGUAAUCGAAGACAGAAAGAGAAAAGAAUGACUCCACCAGGGGAUCAGCAGCCACAUGAGGUUUACUCGCACACCGUGAAAACAGACUCAUCCUGCCACGAUCUCUGACUGCAGGAAGCAAGAAAGCGGCCCGCCGCGCUGGGAGCAGCGUGGAAUUCUCUUUCUCUCCCACUCUCUUCAUUUCACUUCAGCUUUAUUAUUGCUACCUAGAGACAUAGCAAUAUCUAAAUAUCUAGAUAGGGCUCUUCUCUCGCUCUCUCUCCCCCUCCCUCCCCAUAUUUUUUUUCUCUCUUUUUUUU